UGUACAUCAUGACUGUGCUGUGACUGGCAGCAGGUUGUGGGUGAGAAGUUGUCUCAAAAACUCGCUGUGUGGGCUCCAUGGUCUCUCAGUCUAUCAGUCAGUCCCAGGAGUCAUGGUUGCUCGUGGAUUUCAGUUUGAUUUUUUCAACUCAAAAUGUUCUUCUUGUGCAGGCCAUUCACAUCUUUUCAUCCUUGGUCUGAUUCUCGUUUACUACACUACAGCCUCCUCUCAUGUUCACGCAUUUUCAGUGAGUUGCAAAUCAAAGAAAAUUCUUUCCGACUAUCAGCACUGUCAGCUUCAACCAGAUGGCGUCCAUGAUUUAAACUGUUUUGGUAAAUAUAUUGAUCGUGGUUUAAAAACGUGUGUGUGGAGACCUGGAAAUCACACAUCAAAAAAAACAUACACACUCAUCAUACAACAACACUCACAGUGCAAAGCAUACAAGAACAUCUCUACACUCUCUGAAAGCGUUGCUGUAUUUGCGAAACAAAACAUGACAGCUGAGGUCUUCGAAAAGAGCGAGUCAAGAAACUGCACAAAAGCAGUUUUCAGGGCUUCACCAAAUAGCAUAUUGCGAUGUGGUCCUCCAGAUAAAGUCUCCUUCAGCCGCCAGUUUGGAAAACUCAGUGUGACUGUGAGCUGGCAAGAAGAUGACCAAAAGGUCAUUGAGUUUUACUCUGUGAGAUAUAAAGCAGUGGGCAGCCUGUUAUGGAGCGAGCAUCCAGUGCAAUCCCAAAACGCAGGGAGAUGUACAGUGAAGAAUCUCAACUCCUCACUGGUGUACAGUGUACAGAUACAGUGUGUCUCUAAUGAAAAAUGUUCACAGUGCCCAUGGAGUCAAACCUACACUGUCCCAUCAGAACUGACAACUCAGCCCGUCGAUGUCAGCCUCACAGAUACUGACAUUGGAGAGAAAAUAGGCAAAAGGCUGCUUUCUUUAAACUGGAAGCUUUCUGCAGUAGGGCUGUAUGACGGCUUCAGUGUGACAGUUGGUAAAACGUCAGGAGAGCGUCCGUGUGAACGGAUGAACACCGCUCAGCCUGAGAUCAGACUGAUUCUCUCCUACUCAUCUUAUCAUCUCAACAUCAGCGCUGUCAACAACGCCAGCACCUCCCCAGCUUUGAGCCUCACAAUACCACAGCGAGAGGACAUUCCCAGUAUUGAAGAUGGGAAGAUGAACAUUACAGUCCACAGCAAUACAUCUUUUACUGUCUCUUGGAAAGAUGAUCUCAUCAAAACUUAUGUCUGCUAUUGUGUGGAGUGGAGGAAAAAUGGGCAUAAAACAAACUACAAGUCCUUUUACCAGAAUGAAAAAAACAACAGGACCUUAUCUCUUAUAGGAGAGCCUCUGGAGCCUUACGAGAGAUACAGCAUCACUCUGCACACACGACCAGAGAAGGAGACUUGCAACAUGAAGUAUAUCAACAACAGUGAGAGCACCUAUGGGAGAACCCAGUUCUAUUUCAUUGAAGGAUCUCCUGUCAGCGCGCCCACAAACAUCAGCACCUACAACGUGACGCUGGACUCAGCGGGGCUGCAGUGGUUGUCCAUCCCGGAGGACGACCUCAGAGGUUUCCUGCUGGGUUACAUAAUCCACUACGUAGAGUACGACCAAAGGGGGACAAGUACAGAGAAACUAGAUGUUACAGUGGAUCCGAAGUUUGAUACCUAUGAAUUGGGGGAUCUCAAAGAAGACGCAGCAUACCAGGUGCAGAUAUCAGGUUUCACUAAGGCGGGAGCAGGAGUUCGAAGCACACCAUACGUCUUUAAAACAAAUCAGCAAGGAUAUUUUGAUGUUAACCGAGCAGGUCUCAUCUCUAUCUUUGUUGUUGCGGCCGUUGUGCUGAUAUUUGGAUCUCCAAUAAUAAAAAGAGCAAAAGUCAUUCUGUGGCCCAGCAUACCUAACCCUGAAAAUAGCAAUGCAAUGCAGAAAAUAGAAAGACCCUGUGAAAUGGAACUGCUAGAGUCCAUCAGCGCUCUGAAGGUAGUGGAGUGGGAUACAAAUAGUCUUCAGAUAGUUGAGAAAGAGGCUGUUCUUACGAGCAUGUUACCGCUUCACCACAACUCAGAAGAUGAGGGUGACUCACCAGAAACAACGGGUAACUGGAUCCAGAGAGACUCAGAGGAUGCAACUGGAGAUAGCCUUCCUCAUGAUACCAGCGACACAUUCUCAAACGUAGAACAGACAAACUUCCAGAGUUCUACGAUUGCCUUUUCAAGUGGAUAUACAACAAUGGAAAUGUUUCAGCAGGUGAGGCCUCAGGCGAAUACAGCCAUCACUCCGGCCAUGGAAAGUGAUCCAGAGGACACACAUGAGGCUGUGGUGAAGUCAGGAUUGGCCUAUGUAAGACAAUUUAGUACCAGCCCAAUCUUGGGCAGCGAGGAGAUGACCAUGAUUUCGUGACAACAGGUUGGGACUGGACUGCAGAACUGGACUGCAGAGCAGGAAGAGGAAGGAACACGGCCUGCACCACUGUCCAUUGUCUCAGUUCUUCAUGGCAGUCCAGAGGUGGACUAUGAGAGUUUGCUGGUUGUUGCGGGUCAACAGCAUUGACUCAGUCUUAUAUCAUCAAUAACAAUACUACAAGUACAUUUAUCUCAGUGUUUAUGUCAACUGCCAAAAUUGCUGAAGUGUAUUAUAAAGACAGAAGUCCAGUUUAACUUCUUAAGACAGUUUGUUUUUCUUCCUACUUCCCUUCUUCACAUACUUGUAUAUCUGUACUACCUGAACAAUCUCUUCUGUCCAUGCACAUCAUCUCUGCUCAUUUCUGUAAGUGCACAUUACAUUUCAAAGAUCUCAAAUUCCAUGUGUAAAUGUGAAUACCUCACAAUGCCCUCAUUUACAGGCCAUGAUUGACCCAAUAAACACAAGUGUA